AUUUGAAUAUGCGCGGGAAAAAAUUAACUUCCAGGUGUUACGUUUAUGUUUCUGUUAUUUGUUGUCAUUCUUUAAAUUAAUUAAUUUUAGUGAAUAUAAGCAUUUCUGUUUCAUAGAAUAAGAUGGAUACACCACAAGAAUCAAGAAGAAAAAGUGCUCGUAUAAGACAAUCAGUUAAUUAUGUAGAAUCUCCACAAAACUCACCUCAUCCGUCAACUUCAAAAAAUAUUACAAAAAGUGCUGUAAUUAAUACGCCAAAAACUCCGAAAACACCAAAAGUAAAUGUCCAGAAAGAGGAAGAAGUCCAUACACCAAGAUCCAAAAGACUUCCUAGAAAAGCAAGUAUUGAUGAUUCAGAGAAUUUUUCACCCAAGAAAUUAAGGAACAAUAGAACUCCGUCAGCAAAGUCAUUACAAAACAUUGUUGAUGAAAAUUCUCCGACAGUAAAUCAAUUGGAUAUACCAAAAAGAAAAUCAUUGAGAAACAGAACUCCAAAUAAAAAGUUUGACGAUUUUGAUACAUCAAUGGCUUCAAGAAACAGAAAGUCUGAGCAUGCUCAUGAGGAGGAAUCAAUAAAAUGUUUUGAUUUGGACUAUUCAAGUAGUGAUGAAUGUGAUGAUAAGGAAAAUUCUGUCACUAAACCCACAACUCUGUUUAACGAAGAACAAGACGUAGAAGGAAAGAAGCUGUAUACAUUUAAGACACCAAAAAAGAAGGAUGGCAUGAGUAAUUUAGCUAAUUUAACUCCAAAAACGCCUCGUCAUCAUGAUCCAAAUAAGUCUAUGCUUAGCACACCAAAACAUUCAAGAAUUGCUGAGAUCCAGAAGACUCCAACAUCUCGUCCAUCAGCUGGAAAGUGCACAAAAACACCUAGACAUGUCCGAGAUGAGAUCAAAAAAAAGCUCUACAAAGUCAAGUACGAAGAAUCAGAGGAUGAAGGUGAUUUUUCGCCUGACGAGAGUGACUUUCAACCUACAUCAUCGUCGUCCGAUGAAUCAGAAUCUGAAAAGGAAGAAGAAGCACCACCAAAAAAGGCACAGUCAGUAGCCGCAAGAGUAUUAAAAACGCCAGCUCAGCUUGCAAUAUCAACAGUUUCAGGUAGAGCAACAAGAGCAAGCACACGAAAUAAGACAUUAGAUUAUCAAUAUGUGCUGCAAUCUGAUGAUUUCUUCUCGACUCAAACGACCAAGAAUAAAACAUCUGAUCACACGCUGGAUAAAUUAAAGAAUCCUCGAUUACCUCAUGAUCAGUUGAUGAAAUUGCUGUCUAAAAUGGAAAUAAGCAAGGAACACGAACAAGCUGUAAAGGAAAUGAAUGAGGAAUAUAAAACAUAUUUUAGUAAAUGGAUGAUUCUUUUUGAUCAAGGAUUUACAGUCUUAUUACAUGGAUUAGGCUCCAAAAGAAAUUUACUUCAUGCAUUUCAUAAAGAAAGGCUAUCAAAGGAGCACGUCCUUGUUGUUAAUGGCUUCUUUCCAAGUUUAACAAUUAAAGAUAUUUUAGAAAAUAUAGCCAAUGAUUUGCUCGACUUAUCAGCAAGCACUGGAAAUCAUCACGAGACUGUUAAUAUGAUUGAAGAGGAAAUGAGACUUAUUCCUGCUCUUCGUAUUUAUUUAAUCAUUCACAAUCUUGAUGGAUUGAUGUUGAGGAACGAUAAAGCUCAAAGUGUCCUUAGUCGAUUAGCUAGCAUUAGAAAUAUCCACAUGAUUGUCUCAAUUGAUCACAUUAAUGCUCCUCUGUUAUGGAACAACACAAAAUUGAGUGACUACAACUUUAUUUGGUUUGAUGUCACUUCUUUCCUGCCUUAUAUAGACGAGACUGCAUUUGAAAACUCUUUGUUGAUUAAUAAUACUGGAUCAUUAGAGCUGUCAUCAAUGAAGAGUGUCUUUAUGUCAUUAACAAGCAAUGCUAAGGGAAUUUACAUGAUUCUUGUUAAAUUUCAACUCAAAAACAGUUCAAAUCAGAAUUAUCAAGGCAUUAUCUUUAAAGAUUUAUACUCAGCAUGUCGUGAAGCCUUUUUAGUUUCAUCGGAUGUAGCAUUAAGAGCUCAACUGACUGAAUUCUUGGAUCACAAAUUGGCUCGAAUGAAGAGAAAUGUGGAUGGAGCUGAACAUAUAACGAUUCCAAUUCAAAAUCAGCUUCUUCAGAAAUUUAUAAAUGAACAAAAUUAAAUUAAAUUAAGUUUAAUAAAAGUUUGAAAAAUAACGGCUAGUAUAUUUUUGAAUUUUGCUAGCAUAUUUU